AUGGAUGUAGACUGCGAAUUAGAUGGCGAUCUUCUAACAAAAUUUAGUUGUUUAGGGACCACGGAUCACGAUGUUCUAAUUCAUGAACUUCAAAGACUGUUGGAUUUUCAACUCAAUCCGUCGGGGUGCGCUUUCUUCCUCGAUAUGACAAACUGGUAAAUAUAAAUUGCUUUAUUUUCGUUUUCAGGCCUUCUCUUCUGUGGGUGUUUAUUUACUUUGUUUAAAUUUAAUCUGCUGGAAAAAUUGUGACGCUAAUCAAUGGCUUUGUUUUUCCGUCAUGACUGUUUGCCUGUCUCAAGGAAUCUCCAGGUAAGAUUAUGUAUAUUUAUUUAAGUGUUGUAUUACAGAUUGGAUUGUGUAACUUGUAUUCAUUCAAAAGACAUUCGAUUUCCUUCGUUUCUCAUGGUCAAACCUUCCAAUUUUCUCUAACGAGUCUUUUGCGCCGGUGCGGUUUUUGUCUUUUUCUUUUUGAACAUUCUUAUAUGAUUUAACGUUAUUGUACAAUUUCAAAUUUUAAUUGUUAUGGUUGGGAUUCACUCCUGUUAUCCUUUACUGGUGUUGAAUUGUGGUAAUCAACGGGCAUUUUAUGUUCGUGCGGCAUAUUUGUGGUCACCUAAGGUGUAGGUUGGAUAUUAUGAAUGUACAGUACAUAACGAAUUAUUUAAUGCCUUCUGUAAGCUUCAACCCCAAAGUUUCACUAACAGAUACUCGCAUAUUUCUUUAAUGGCUGGUUUAGAGAAUUUGGAGUUAGACCACAAUUUAAAUAUUCUAAUUCUCAUCAACUAUCGGCACUAUUUGACUUUUUAUCAAAAUUGCAUUAAAUAUUCAGAUCACUCAAAGAUUGAAAGGAUAUUACACUUUACCAUUGUGUAGGAACUAUUCUGGUAGAUUUUAGGAUUUCAUUUAUUUCAGCUGCCUAUUAAUUAUCAAGACAGAAUUUCUCCUUACAAUAUAUAUAUAUAUAUAUAUAGGCAAUAAGAAGAAAGUAAAAAAAAAAAAAAAAAUAUAUAUAUAUAUAUAUACAUUAUGAAGGAGACAAGUGAUGAGAAUGAAUUAAAAUAUUAGUUGGAAUCACUAGUUGAUCCAUUACUAAAUUCUCCAAACUAACAUUAUAACAAUUUUAUCACAGAUAUUAAGGAGAAUUACUAAUGAGAUCUUGGGAGUAGAGGGGUUAAGCUUUUGAAUGUGCACAUGUGUAAUCAGUGAAUGAGAAAACUAAACCCUUUCUCAUUGUGUGACCAAAUGUGAAUUUCUCCUUACUCUAUUGAUAUAUUUUUUAAGCAGUUAGGUAAUGAGAAAAAAGUAAAAUAUUAACCAGGGGAUAUUAUUUGAUUUAGCACCAGUUAUUAAUCAUUAUGGCAAACAGUUUUUCAUAUCCUGGGAGUGAAAGGGUUAAUUAAUGAAUGCAGUGUCAUCAUGAAUCACUUAAUUACAUCUUGAACAACCAAUGGAAUAAACUUGACAAAUGACAAAAGAAUUUAUGAGGAAAAGAACUCUCAUAACAGUAGUCUCAUGGUUAUCUUAGAGAUAAUUAUAGUAACAAUGGCUCCUACUAUACAACAUUACAUCAUGCACAAAAUUCCAGUUUCACAACAACAAAUAACUGUUACCUUUUUUCUCGCUAAACUCUUCAUUCCCAGUUGUGCCCAAAAAACUUUCAUUAUGCAGAUUAUUUCUUUCAUAAUUUAAGAAUGAUUUGUCCCACAAGCAGAGGUUUCAUUGAAUGAUAUUUUGUGGUAUCACUAUUCAAAUCACCUCAAAUGUAUUUUCUUUUUGCUUUUGUAGGCAGCAGUAGGGGCUUAUUAUGAUUUUAACAGUCCUCAAGACAAACUACCAAGUAUGGCAUUCAUUAGAGAUGUGACAAUUGGAGAGGGAGAGUCUGUUCCACCUAACACAGCCUUUGUGAAAACAUGGAGAAUUCAAAAUAAUGGUAAAAAUCUAGAACUGUUUGUGUUUUAUAGCCAGUGUUACCUUUAACUGGCAGCUUAAAAGGGUAUGAUUUUGUUCUGUUUUUCAGGUAUUGGGAAUAAGAUUUUAUGUUAUUCUUAAACAGUUUAAAAUAUUAUCUACAAUAAAAGGUACCAACAUAUGAACACAGAUUUCUGAUGUCUAAUUUGCUAACCAUUAACAAUCACAUCUUCCAAGUUUGAGUCAUAUGCAUAAUGUAACUUAGAAGCUCACAGUGCUUGUUUUUCUUACAGGCAUUAUUGCAUGGCCCAAUGGAGUGUUUCUAAAAUACACAUCUGGUGACCAACUGGGUCCUGUAAAUUUGGUUUCUGUUAAAUCUUUGAGUGCUGGCGAAUUUUAUGACCUUAGUGUGAACAUGAUAUCACCUGCGAAAACAGGCAUGUAUCAGGGUCAGUGGAGGAUGUGUACACCAUCUGGACAGUAUUUUGGGGGUAAGUAAAUAUACUGCCAAACUUCACCAUGUGCAAUACUUGUCACAAGUCCCAUAAACUUAUGUGACAGAAGUGCAAAUAUGUAUUAUGUCCUCUGUUUUUUUUGUUUUUUGGUUUUUUUGGGGUUUUUUUUUUGUUUUUUUUUUUUAAGUUGAAGUCUUCCUUACCUCCCAAUCCCUCCCCCCUCCCCCUCCCCCCUUCUUUAAAAAUAAUCUUGUUUAAUUGUGGAGACUGGAUAAAUGUACUUUUUAUUUGAAAUCUUUAUGGGAGUCAACUUCAUAAAACUCAAGGCAUAAUUUUUUUCACACAAGUUUGUGGCAUAUAUUAUAGCUUAUUCUUCUGGUCUUUUUUUUUCAAGUAACAAGCAAAUUUUAUCAAAGUUCCUAAUUUAAUCAUUGUGAAUUCAGCUCUGAAUUGUUGCUGUGAACUUUCAUGAGACAAAAUUGAUGUGGACUUUUACUUUAAAGGGGCUUUUUAAUCCUUCACACCAUAACAUCAGCAUGUAAAUUCUCCACACAGCUCUCUAUACAUUUCCUAUAACAGUGACAAGGAGAAUUAGCUUGAAAAUCAAGAGAUUUUCAAGUUGGCAAUUGUUUAAUUAUAUAAAUCCUCUACUUUCAAACUGCUUCUCUUCACGCAGGAGUAUAAAUGGGUAUCUGCAAAUUGUCAGGGAAGCCUGAUAAAACACGCAAGAGGGCAUCUUUGGGAUAGACAAGCAUGCCAUCCAUGGGGGGAGGAGAGAGAGAGAGUGGAGAGAGAGAGUGGUGAAACUCCUAAUCACUUCCUGCCAAGGAAACCAGGAUUAGCUCUAACUAGGUGGGCUACUCGGCUUGCGUACAGACGUUACCUUACCAUACAUUUCAUGCCAAGGAAACCAGGAUUAGCUCUGACUAGGCAGGCUUCUCGGCUUGAGUGCAGACAUUACCUUACAAUACACUGAUUUAUUCUACUUUUAAUUUUAAUGUUUUAGAUGUUAUAUGGGUCAUUCUAUGCGUGGAUGAAGGAGGAUUGUUAGGACUCACACAGCAGCUGUCAUCAUUAGGAAGGGAAAUGAACUUUCAUGAAGGAUCCAACCCUUCAUCAACCUCUGCUAAUCCUUUUGGACUUUCAACACCUAUCUCGAUUUCCCCACAACCUAUUUAUUCUGUUCCCCAUAACAGCCCAGCUAAUGGGGUUAUCCAUGUUUCACCAGCUAGGAGAUCACUUUUUAAUUCCACGGUAAGUAAACAUGAAAUUGGACAUUGCAUUUCAUUAAUUUUUACAGUUGACUCAGGACUGUGAACUCAAACCUUCACCUACUAAAACUGCAUGCAAACUUGAACCUGAGUUGAUUUCACUCUGAUAACUAUCAAACUAUCAUCUUCGCAACAAUUUCAGUGAUCUUCUUUGUUGCCCUUGUUUGGUCCAAUCAUGCAAUGUAUCAUCUCUCCUACCUCAAACCUUUAAUGAGCUCAACUUCCCACUUUCUGAUUUUCUGGAAGAGUCCAGACCAAUGGCUAAAAAGUUGUUUUUAACCCCAGCUGUUGUGAAAUACAAUUACAAUAUUUUUUCAAUUAAGCAAUCUUGGGGAGGAGGGGGAAGGAGAGGGAGGAGAAGGGAAGGUGUCUAUUAGCUUUUCCUACUUAGAAGGUGGGUGCUUAUUGAAGGUUGGACACCUACUGGUAAUCAGAUAAUUACAGUAUAUGUCUUAAUUUGCAACUGCAACUGGCUAAGAAAUAGGAUUAAGCAGUUGGAAAUAAGUAAGCAGCAUUUUUAUUGUGGGCUCCUUUUCUCAUAGGUCAAUGGAGAGCAUCUAGAACCUCUCAUCUCACCUAGUAUACAAGUUGGAUCAGUGUUCCAUAGCAAAGAAGAGGAAAGUUUAGUGAAUCAAUUAAAGGAUACAUCUCUAUUACAAGACUCAGAUAUAGAUCAUUCAUAACAAUUACAUGGGUGUUUGUUAUUUUGAACAAUUGUGGGUUCUGUCCAGUGGUGGAAUUUGCCAUGGUGACAACGCUGUAGACAUUCAAGGAGUACUAAAUUAAAUUCUUACUUUGAUAUUUGCUUGCCCAAAUUUUGGCAAUUAUUCAAAGGUUGUGAACAGAUUUUUUUUUAAGCUGACAGCUGAAAAGUCAUGAUAUACAUGUAAUACUCUAAACAGGAAUAUUUUACCAGACCUUAGUUUGGUAAUUCGACACAAUUUCAUGUAAUCGACCUGACAUGAUUAAUUUGGCUUAGUGUUGUUUCAGCCAAGAGAACAAAGGUACCUUAUUUAAUAAGCGCAUGCUUUUUGUAUCCCUUAAACUCCCAAUAGUGAUGAAUACGAAACUUCUCCCCCUAACAUCCAUACAUUAUCCAUUUAACAGGUAAUGAGAACGCUCAGGCUCAUGAGUUAGAAGGUGUUUUCUUGAUCUAACACUAAAUUCCUGUCACUAAUUUACAACAAAAUGUGUAUCAGACAGAGGGUGAAUUAACAAUUAGAUCUUGGGAGUUUGGGGGGGGAGUGGGGGGUAAUGCAAGGCUGGGAAUGGAACAAGAUUACAACAACUCGUGGCACACUUUGACAUCAACCAGGUGAUUGGACAGUUCCCGUGGUUCUGGUCUUUUAACCUUUUGACCCCUAAGACUGACUAACAUCUAAGUUCUCCUUACAAUAUCAUCCCUGAAUCAAACAUUAAGGUCACAAGAAUAACUAAAGUGAUCAUCAACCAAAGAAGCUCUUUAUUGUUUUAUAAAUUCUCCUUAACAGCACCUUAGGAAAUGUUUAGAGAACAGUGAGGAGAAUAUGCAUGCUGAUGUUAGGAUGUUGUGGGUUUAACUAAAAAGCACAGACAAAAAAGUCUUUUUCCCAUGGGUAGCCUGCCCCCAUCCAGGGUCAAAUCAUUGUUGGGUACAUUACUAGGAAGCCUCAGCUCAAAUUUGACACUUUGCAGCUUAAAUGCCAUUGAAUAAUUAAGCCUUCCAGUCACAAAGUAAUUUUUUUGCAUUAUUAAUUAUUUGCUUCAGCCCAUAUUUUUAAAUUUGCACGUAUUAUUCAGUAGGGGCUUUAACUUAGAUGGUUUUUAAAUUAAACAAUUGUAGUCUUAGCUUGCCAUAUGUAACUUAAUGUAAUUAUCUCGAGGUAGAUGUUUUAUGAAUAACAUGGUCACUAUGUUUUAACGUUCAAAGGGACUGGUCAUUAUUUAUUACCUGUUGAGUGGGGGGAAGAAAGGAUUUUAAAUGAUGAAUGAUCGUUAAAUGAUGACUGCUCCUUAAAAACUAAUAUUUUUUGUAAAAAUAAAGUUGUUAGUCGUAAUUAGGUUUAUUUAUGGUACACAUGUUGCACUUGUGUAAACGAAGCACCUCUCGUUGUUCACAGUGUCAUGAAUUUUUGGUAAACACGGUGGAAAACCCACAAUAAUCCAAAUUAAUCGUUAUGGUAUCUCGAAUUUUAAAUCAUGUUUUGGUGAGCUUCUUGAAGAUAGCAGCAAGUUUGAUUUUCAGAACCAAUAAUCACAAAAUUAUACAAUCUGUUCAACCUUAUUGAUCCGUGUCAUGUCA